AUGAACCUCCCUAUUCUCGAAAGUACCUCUGAAUUGUCAUGCGAAGCUAAGGAGGAAGUGGAAUCACUCACUUUACGACUCGCUAAAACUCAACAACAAUUGACCAUUAUAGAAAACAAACUUCGAUAUGCUCUAAAGAACAAGUCAAAGAAGCGGCCUCGUGUAAAACUGGAUCAAAAUGCCUUGAUCUUGGACCUGCUUAAAUAUGUUCAGGUUGAGGGAAGUGGAAAUGCUGAUGGAAGGGAUUCAAAUGAUAAGGAAGAACAUGAAAGCAACACCGACCACUCAGACUGA